AUGAGAGCUCUUCUGGUAGUUUGUGUCUGGACUCUGGCUGCUCAGGUUAUCCUGGCCAGGACAAUGGAUCGGUGCUCACUGGCUCGGGAGAUGUCCAACCUGGGCAUCCCCCGUGACCAACUGGACAAGUGGACCUGCAUUGCCGAGCACGAGAGCUCCUAUCGCACGGAGGUGGUGGGACCACCGAACUCCGAUGGAUCCAAUGACUACGGCAUCUUCCAGAUCAACGAUCUCUACUGGUGCCAGCCGCCCAGUGGAAAGUUCUCUCACAAUGGCUGCGGUCUGAGCUGUAACGACCUGUUGACCGACGACAUCAGCAGGUCGGUGAGAUGUGCCCAGACGGUCUUGGGUCAACAGGGCUGGCCAGCUUGGUCCACCUGGCAUUUCUGCAGUGGAAGCCUGCCACCGAUCGAUGAUUGCUUUAAAUAGAGUACCGCAUUUUCUUUAUCCCGAAUAUAUAUACUUUAUU